AUGAAAGUGUUUUGCUGAUCUCAGUGUUUUUUAUUAAAAUCCUGUCUUUAUUUUGUUGUAUUUAGACUCAUUUGCGAUUUAUGUCUGCUAAUUAAAGAUAGAAGCUACUAGAAACUAUGGGAGCUGCAUUAGGUGUCUGUUCACUGGCUCAGCUGGCCUGCUGUUGCACCAGUACCGCCUGCUCGCUGUGUUCUAUGUGCCCAUCAUGGUCCAACUCCACAUCCAGCCGCAUCAUGUAUACCAUCAUGUUGCUGCUCACCAUGGUGCUUGCCUGCAUCACCCUCGCACCGGGAUUACAUGAUACUAUGAAGAAGGUACCAUUCUGUGCAAAUUCUACAGCACUUGUGCCAAGUGAUUUUAAAGUUGAUUGUGAUGCAGCAGUUGGUUAUUUAGCAGUUUACAGGAUCUUCUUUGCAGUAUGUUUGUUCUUUGUGUUCAUGGCGUUACUCAUGAUAGGUGUACGAUCAUCUAAGGAUCCCAGAGCUGGAUUCCAAAAUGGAUUUUGGGGGAUCAAAUACCUGCUCGUGAUUGGUGGUAUUAUUGGAGCGUUUUUCAUUCCCGAGGGACAGUUUGCUUACACCUGGAUGGUAUUUGGGAUGAUCGGCGGCUUCUGCUUUAUUAUAAUCCAACUUAUCCUCAUUGUUGAUUUUGCUCAUACUUGGGCUGAAAAUUGGGUCUCAAAAUAUGAAGAAUCCGAAUCUAAAGGAUGGUAUGCUGCCCUGUUGCUUUCCAUGUUGACUUGCUUUGCUCUUACACUCACUGGUGUAGUUCUACUUUACAUCUACUACACCAAGCCAAGCGGAUGUGAUCUAUCCAAGUUCUUUAUAUCCAUCAACCUGAUACUUGUGGUGAUAGCGAGCGCUAUAUCCAUCCUGCCGGCGGUGCAAGAGCACCAGCCGCGCUCGGGGCUGCUGCAGUCGUCGGUGGUGUCGCUCUACGUCAUCUACCUCACCUGGUCCGCUCUCUCCAACUCCGAGGCUGAGUGCAACGCGAGCAUCACUGCAACUGGCCAGGAGAUUAAAGGGGACGUGUAUUGGACGUCAUUCGACAAGCAGUCUAUAAUCGGGCUGAUCGUGUGGGCAUGCAGCGUUCUCUACUCUUCAAUCCGCACUGCCUCCAACUCCUCCAAAAUCACCAUGUCCAAUCACAUACUAGCUAGUGAUGGAAAAGGAGGGCAAGGCGGUCUUAUCGCUGAAGAAGAGGGCGACGGCGGGGAGGCGGGGCGCGCGGAGGGGCAGGUGUUCGACAACGAGGGAGACGGAGUCGCCUACUCAUGGUCCUUCUUCCACGUCGUGUACGCGCUCGCCUCGCUUUAUAUUAUGAUGACCCUCACCAACUGGUACAACCCGAGCUCUCAACUGUCCAAGGAAAAUAUGGCGUCAAUGUGGAUCAAGAUCACGUCGUCUUGGCUGUGCGUCGGCCUUUACAUAUGGACCCUGGUCGCACCCGCUAUAUUCCGAGACAGAGAAUUUAAUUAAUUUAUUUACUUAAUGAUUUGAUUAUUCGAAUUAAUUUUAAGGAUAUUUCUAAUCAAUGUUAUUAUUAUUCUUAUAACUAUAAUAAUAAUUAAAGAUCUCAGUCGCCGGCUUUCGGUUGCAGAUUCUUUCUUAUUUUCCACUUAUUCAAUCUUUAACUAGUCUUGUCUUACGCUACUCAACUUAAUUUCGCUAUAUUGUCUUACUAAAAACUAGAUGGUUGAGUACCUUAAUGUGUAGCUUUAAAUUUAAGUGUGACUAUGUAAAAGAUUAAAUCUUAAAUAAACAAAAUCUAAGAACAA